AGACCUCUGUCAUAGUGAGCUCCAUUCACACAAACACUCACACAAACAGUCACAACUCUUCAAACUGCUGGAAAACAUGGGCGAUGAUUUGGGAGACGAGUGGUGGAGCCACGAGGGAGACUCCGGUGAAGCAGAACCAAAUGAAGAAACUGAGCAGCCCACGGACAAAAAACCUACAACAACAAACAAAAAACUAGAGAAAAGGAAGAGGGUGAUUGAAAAAGAUGCAAAGCCAAAAAAGAAGAAAAAGAGUGAACAGAAAGCACCCACAGUGUCUGAACAGAACGAUCCUGACAGCGAAAAGUCAGCCAAACCCAAAAAGAAGAGAAAGAAGAAGAAGAAAACUAUAACUGAUGUAUUGGCUGCUGCUGAGCCCAAAUCUGGCUGCCCAGCUGAUCUGCAGAAUGUGGUGACAAAGUAUUUCUCAGACAAAUUAUCUGUCAUCGAGCAGGAGGAGCUCCAACUAAAGGACUCCUGCUUCCUGACCUGUAAUGACCUAACACACAGCCUUUCAUCUUAUCUCAAACAAAUUUGUCCCAAAUGGGCCAAAAUUCAGAAGCAACACACACAGAAGAGUUCUGCAGUGAUACUAAUUGUCUGCAGUUCGGCUCUAAGAACCAUUGAGCUCAUCAAGCAAUUGACAACAUUCAAGGGAGAAGCUAAAGUGCUCAAGCUUUUUGCAAAGCACAUUAAGAUUGAGGAACAGGUAAAACUGCUACAAAAAGGCGUCACACACAUCGGAGUUGGGACACCAGGAAGAAUAUCUGCUCUUAUUGAGAAAGAAGGUUUGAAUUUGCAAGCCUUGCGUUACAUAGUUCUGGACUGGAACUGGAGGGAUCAGAAGCUUAGACGGAUGGUGGACAUUCCCGAGAUCAAGUUGGACUUGAUGAAUUUGCUAGAGAAGAUUAUUAGGAAUUGUAAAGAAUUUAAAAUAGGGCUGUUUUAAUUUUUUUUUAGUUUUUUAUCUUUUUCAAAACAAAUUGUAAACUUUUUUUCUUUAAGGCCAAAUAAGUAUGUUCUGGGAUAAAUAAACUGGCUGUGAGAGAAAA